AGCUAGUCUCAAACCACCAUGACAUACAUCUUAUCCGAACAGUCACAAAAGCCACCUUGCCUCCCGGAACCAAAAUGCGAACCAAAAUCCCAAGGACCAACACAAAAACGCAAGUAAAAAUCUCGCUGCAGUCAUCUUUAUCAGCUAUGGCAGCCUAGCCCAGCCUGCAUCAACACACCCCCUCAUCCCAAACCUCACCCGCCAUUGGUCAACCAUCGACCAACUGACCUAGAUACAGUUACAUCGAAGCCCGCGUCCUAACCAGUUUCCUCUGCAGAUAAAAAAGAAGUUGGGGGCCGUUUGUUUAUAGGGCUGUUGGUACAGUGAAACAAAAGUGUAUCAGCAGAUGCUCAUGAUGGUUGCCUCUUGUGGGACGGGACGGAUGUUUCAAAAAGGGUGUCAUGGCCCCCGAUUUUUCUUUUUUUCUUUUUUGCACUUUCUGUUGUGAAUAACUUCACUUUUGCCUUUUAUCCUUCAAUAUGGGAGUUCCCCACAUAAAUGCCCGCCAAGAGGUGCAGGUUAUAACGCAGACUGUUUACCUCCCCACGACCACUUACACCACGCAAGUCACGCUAGGUGUAGCUUCGGCUCCAGCCACGGACCGUCCCGUCGUGACGUCUCAACACAGCGGCGAUGGGCUGAGCAGUGCACAAAUCGGAGCAAUAAUCGGAUCCAUCGUUGGAGUUUUUGUGCUCGCUUUUGUUGUGGUAUGUUGCUGCCGAAGACCGAAGCAGCCCAAGAAGCGGAGGAGUUAUCGAAGUAGUUAUGCGGAUUCUUCAGAUGGUUGGUCUGAGAGGAUGCCGCAUGAGGGCUGGACGAGGCCUGUGCCUAUUCCUGUUGCUAGACCUGUCCCUGUUCAGUUUCCGUCGCCGGUUGUGCAGAGGGAGCAGAUUCCGGGGGGGCCGAAGUUUCCGACUUAUAGGGCGAUUCCUAUUCCUAACCCGAGAAGGGGAGAGAAUCCACCGAGGACAUAUUGGCGAUAGGCUGUCAUGUCUGCCAGCAGAAUAGUUACGUGAUGAAUGAGUUAUGAGAAAUGUGAAAUGAAGGGCACGACGAAUGAAAUGGGUGGUGAUGGGGAACGAGACUAUUGUUCAGUCAAGGCGUCAGAUGGGAGGCAUUUACGAUCAGCAAGCGAGCGAGCGAGCAUUUUCAUCCAUUAUCCACGACAUUUAAUAAAGCAUAAUGAAUAUCGCAUAGUCAAACAUAUUCAUAUAAUAUAUACACUAAU